ACAGCGUCGGCGGCGGCUCUGCAGUGGAAUACGCUGUUAUUUGAGGGAAGGUGAGGAGAGCUCUCUCUCUCUCUCUCUCUCUCUCCCUCUCUCUUUCUGUCUCUCUCUCUCUCUCUCGGAGUAACCGACCCGAGCGGCCGUGAUGUUUGUUUCAGGACUCGGAUCAUAAAAAAAAAAUCAAGCACACUGCAGGGUUUACUUGAACUGACGCCCCGCUUUGGGAGCUGCAGAGCAGGGCCGCGGACGCCCCGAGCCCCCGCCGACGUGACGGAGACACGCAAGAUGUAACUCCCGGGUUCUUCUCACUUCAACAAAAGCCUCACUCGAAUCCCCCAGACAACACGAGGAGGAGGGGGAAAAAAAGGGAAUAACAUCUGUUUAUCUGCAUAUUUCUAUGUUCAAAAAACAAGAGGAAAAAACACAGAGAUCGACAGAGGACAAAAAACGUCUCCGAGGAUGCAGACUUAGAAAGAACAAAUUGCCACUGGAGGACCAAAGGGAAAACAAACCAUUCCUCGCAAAUCCACCAGCUGGAGUCACCUCACCUGUACCUUCGGAUUAAAGAGCAGGGUCAUGUCCCAGUUGCCAUGCGCAUCGCCACGCUGACCUGCCUUCCCGGCCCUUCCCCCUUCCUCUUUCUAUUGGCCCAGCUGCUACUGCGGCUCCUCCUCCCUGGGCCGGAGUUGGUGGGAGCCGCCUCUUCCUGCCCCUCCCUCUGCACCUGCUCCAAUCAGGCCAGCCGAGUCAUCUGCACCAGGCAAAACCUGGAGGAGGUGCCCGAGAGCAUAUCAGUCAACACGCGAUACCUCAACCUGCAGGAGAACUCCAUACAGGUUAUCAAGUCCGACACUUUCAAGCACUUGAGACACCUUGAGAUCCUCCAGCUCUCCAAGAAUCAGAUCCGUCAGAUUGAAGUCGGAGCAUUCAAUGGCCUCCCCAACCUCAAUACACUGGAGCUCUUCGACAACCGCCUCACACUGGUGCCAUCACAUGCCUUCGAGUACCUCAGCAAGCUGCGAGAGCUGUGGCUGCGCAACAACCCCAUUGAGACUCUGCCAGGCUAUGCCUUCCACCGCGUGCCCUCGCUACGACGCCUGGACCUGGGGGAGCUCAAGAAGUUGGAUUUCAUCUCUGACGCGGCCUUUGUUGGCCUCAUCAAUCUACGAUACCUGAACCUGGGCAUGUGUGGGCUGAAGGACAUUCCCAAACUGACGGCUCUUGUGCGUUUGGAGGAGUUGGAGCUGUCAGGAAACCGGCUGGAGAUCAUCCGACCUGGUUCUUUCCAGGGCCUGGUGUCUCUCCGCAAGCUGUGGCUUAUGCACUCACAGGUGUCCGUCAUUGAGCGCAACGCUUUUGAUGACCUGAAAAACCUGGAAGAGCUCAACCUGUCCCAUAACUCCUUGCACUCCUUGCCCCAUGACCUCUUCACUCCCCUUCACCAGCUGGAGAGAGUACACCUGAACCACAACCCCUGGAUCUGCAACUGUGAUGUGCUUUGGCUUAGUUGGUGGUUGAAAGAGACGGUGCCCAGCAACACCACCUGCUGUGCCCGCUGCCACGCUCCCCCAGUCUUAAAGGGCAAAUACAUUGGAGAGCUUGACCAGAGCCACUUCACUUGCUACGCGCCUGUCAUUGUGGAGCCACCUACAGACCUCAAUGUCACUGAGGGAAUGGCUGCUGAGCUCAAGUGUCGCACAAGCACCUCCACAACAUCUGUAAAUUGGAUCACACCUAAUGGCACUUUAAUGACCCAUGGCUCCUACCGGGUCCGGAUAUCCGUCCUGCAUGAUGGCACGCUCAACUUCACAAAUGUCACCCUGAGAGACACGGGCCAGUACACCUGCAUGGUCACCAAUGCUGCUGGCAAUACCACGGCAACCGCUGUCCUCAAUGUCACUGCUGCUGACGCCAGCGUCAACUACACCUACUUUACAACAGUCACCGUGGAAACAGUGGAGACGACGGGAGAGGAAGAGUCUGCAUUAGUGGACAUCAAUGAGACUUUGAUCCGUGUUCAUCCUGGUCCCACUCCAUCGGGCCACCUGUGGCCAGACCGUGUUUCCACCACAGCCUCAUCUCUGUCAGCCGGUUGGUCCUCCUCAUCUCCUCAGACCACCCGACCCACCUUCACUGUGCCCAUCACUGAGCCAGGCUUCUCAGGCCUGGAUGAUGUGAUGAAGACCACCAAGAUCAUCAUCGGCUGCUUUGUAGCCAUUACCUUCAUGGCAGCGGUGAUGCUGGUGGUGUUCUACAAGCUGAGGAAGCAGCACCAGCUGCAUAAACACCACGGUCCCGCUCGUGCCAUCGAGAUCAUCAACGUAGAGGAUGAGCUGGGGGCCGGGGCUAGCGGACGGGGCAGCGGCAUCUCCGGAGGCUCCACCAUGACGCAGAGCGGAAGCAGUGGAAUAGGAGGAGGCCAGAGCCUCAGGCUGCACCACCCAGAGAUAGUCAACCUGCCAAACCUGGCCCGAUCGGAGCACCUCAACCACUACUACAAAACCCAUCACUUCAACAACAACAUGAUGGGCCUGGGCAUGAGCACGGGUACUGGUGUUGGCCUCAACAACAACAACAACCCCUCACCUUGCUCUCAGAACACGUCCAUAUCCUGUUCCCAGGUUCCAACCUCCACCAGUGGAGGACCAACCACAGGUGGCACCCUGCCCUCUCCUGUGCCCCUGCCCCAGUUGGGUCUCCACAGUUCUCUGAAAGGCCUUAUGGGGAAAAGCCAGAAUGAGCCCCUGCUUUUUAAGAGUGGCUCCAAGGAAAAUGUGCAAGAGACUCAAAUUUGAGUAAAAGUGAGAGUCGAAGUAAGAGGUAAGAAAAACGAGAUGCCGGACAGAGACAGUGAGACAGAAAGAGCCCGCGAGACCGAGUAUAUGAGACUGAUUGUAGCCUACUGUCCUCGUGGACAGAUUCCAGAAAAGAUUAUAUUUCACAUAGUCGCUGCUUUGUGUUGUCAAUCAGAAGCAGAUAGGAAGAGUGAGGGAGACGAUAUCUGAUCAGUCCCACCAACAGUGUCUGCACAUACUUUAAAACUAAAGACACAAACAUCCGAAUCAUGAAGUUACCUGUGCAAACUGCUAUACUCUUUGCCAAAGUCCAAGAUCAAGCCAACUUUUCUUUCUUUCUUCUUUUUAAUUUGCGCCCACAAUCACAGUGGAAAGCUUUGAAUAACACACGUGUGCAUCGAGCCUCUCUAGGUUUUCUACAGAUCGCUUCGACUAUUUCCAGACACAUUCAGUGUAUAUAUUUGGAGGGAGACAUAAUAUUGGCCAUUGAACAUGUUGUCAGAUUAGUGUUUGGAAGAGACGCUGGAUAACAAACAAUGGGUUUUUUUUUUUUUUUUGGGUGAGCGGUACAGUCCCAGGUUUCCAGGAAGCACUAAAACAAAACAGAGGAAGCAAAAUUAGAGCAGAGCAGCAGUUCUGUCCAGACUUUACAGGGAGACAGAGCAACAACUGUUUUUUUUCACAGUGGUUUCACUUUCUCACUUUUUCCCUUUUUCACCUUACUGGCUACUGUCUUUGAAGGAGGAGAGAGAAACAGAGCGGUCUAUCAUGGGAGAAGAAAACAUCCCAUGGCGUCAAGGACAAUGAGAGAUCUAAAAAAAAAAAAAGGACAGAAGUACAUAUUAUAUAUACCGUAAAUAUAUUUUCAUUCAAAGAAAUAAAUUAUAAAGAAUCUUUAUCAAGCUUCUGACUGAAAACUUCAACGUCUGAAGAAUAUAUAUGAGAAAAAAAAAUGAGAAAAAACACACGCAGCUGUUGUAGUGGCCCGUCCUUUACGACUUUUCUCCGGACUUGGAACGCGAGUUGGCCGCUCCGACUGUGCUGCGUAAAGGACGCGUGUUGGAGAGCGGCGACGAGCGUUUAGAGGGAGCUAAAAAAAAAACCUAAAAAAAAAAAAAACUGGCAAAGCAUUUGCGUGAAUUUAUUUUGGUCUUGACUUUUUUUGUAGCCACACAAAGUGUUUUCCCUUCCUCCUGUCGCAUUCACACAAACAGGGUCAUCGGGGAAGGGCGAUCUUUAAAUAUGGAAUACGACAGCGGCUCUUUAUCGUUUAGUAUCGCUACGGUAUUAAUAAUAAUGAUCGUGAUGGUAGUAAUGAUAACAAGCUUUAGCUUUAUUUGUCAUAACGGUCAUUUAAUGAUUGACGCGUUGAAUGAUCGACGAUAUUUUACUGUACGUUGCUAAAAAUUAAAAAAAAAGUUGCCCAUGCUGGUUUGGCAUGCUCCAAAAACAAAUUUCAACAUGUGAUGUAAGAUCCAUCGCAAUGAUAACAUGACACAUUAUUGUUAUUAUGUUAUCAUUAUUAUCAUUAAUAUGACUAUUAUUAUUACUACUCGUGCCUACAGAUAGCUGAGAACUUUUUUUUUCAUUUGUAUAUGACACUGAAGUUGUUUUAUCCUGUUGGACUUUGGCUAAUGAGCGGCAGCGGGACGGACUCGGCGAGCCGCUGAGUGAACUCCACAUGCAUCAGCAGGAAAUAACCCGGGCCCCCUUCAAAAUGGCUUCCUCAGUCCCAGCCCUCGCUGACUCGUCUUGCUCUGAUGUCUCAAGCAGUCCAGGACCCCCAUCCACCCCCACUCCCCACCCACCACCACCACCACCCCUCAUGUUAUCACUGCAUUAAAAAGACAGGACAUGAACCUUUUGACGAAGACUGCUCCUUUGCAGGGGGGAUUAUUUCACAAACUGUAUCUCAGUGUUAUCGUGUGUGAGUUGGAUUUCAUGGCAGCAGGGAGCUAAAUGGACGACAAGGCAUUGGCCCGAGCAUUUUUAAAGGUAAGCGCAGCUCGUUCAGGUGAAGGAGGAGGUAACAUGCAGUGCAGUAUACAGUGGUGGGUGAAUUUUUUUCUAAAGAAAAAGGGACAAUUCAAUGAAAAAAAAAAAAUCUA